UUCAGUUUCCAGAGAGCGCGGUGGAGAGGGAGCUGAACUGACCAGUGCCAGCAAUUAUGCCUUGCCUGCCCUGCCUCCAGCACCAGUGGCCAUCUGUCCUGGAAUAGGACCUCCGUGUGCUCUCAGUACUGUGCACCAUGACCAUGAGUUACGAUUUCAGAUCUUGGAAGGACCUGAGCCAUAGAAACAGCCUAUAAACUGAGGGUCAGAGGACAAAUCCCAGACACUCAGAAGACCCUCUAUAUGGGGACACCAUCUAUCAUGAUCCAAGAAGCCAGACAAAAGGAAUCUCACAGCCACAGCUGAAUGCAAGCGGACAGGGUCCUAUGAGGCCAUCAAGGGCCCAGAAGAAGGCAAGCUCGACAUUUGUACGUGUCCCCAAGGCCCACCAAGAAGAACUGGUAGUAAACUUGGCCUGUAAUCAUCUCCUGGCUUUGGGCCAUGGAUCUUUUGUGAAAUCCUGUCCCCAAGGCUGUUUUUCACAGAAAUCACCAUGUCUAUAAUGACAAGGUACACCCUGUGUCCCAGCAGUGGUUGUUUAACACCAUGAGCUUGGUGUCUUAUUCCAAGACCCUUAUGGGGACACCAAGAUUCCAUGACAGACUGAAGAGAGGAUAAGGAACCACACCAGUGUCACCUAUCCAGACUGGCUUCAGACCCUGGGAAAAGGGACUGAGGGCCAGCUUCUGAUGGACACCGAGAGCAUCCGACUGAGCAAUGAGAACCGGUGGGCCUGGCUUAUGAGGAUGCUGAGCAAAAAACCAGAAUGGCUGAGUGCCAAGCUUAGGUUCUUCCUCCCGACCAUGGACCUGGACUGCAGCCAUGAGCUCUCCAACCCUGAGGUCAUCCACUGUCAGCUCAACAGGCUGUUCGCCCAAGGCCGGGCCACCUGGGAGUCUUUCAUCUAUACUCUGUGCUUCGAGCUUGAUGUACCUCUCGACAUGGAGGUACCACUACUGAGCAUCUGGGGCCCAAGAGAUGAAUUCUCUAAGCAGCUAGGGGCAGGAGAGGAGAGCUGUCCUGGACCUCAGCUGUACCAUGGUGUCAAACGUCCUUUUCAGAGCUAUGGGUCCUCACCCCGUCGGAAGAACAGCAAGAAGCAGCAGCUAGAGUUGGCCAAGAAAUAUCUGAAGCUCCUGAAGACCUCUGCCCAACAGUGGCAUGGUGGUAUGUACCCAGGAGCAUGGCUUACUCCUGACUCCCCACAGAACUACAUCCCCCCAAUUCUUCAGUGGAGCCGGGCUACAGCACCCUUGGAUGCUCAGGAGGGAGCCACUUUAGGAGACCCUGAAGCAGCCUACAACAUUGAUGUGAGCAUCCAGGAUCUCUUCAGCUUCAAGGCUCACAAGGGACCUCGAGUGACAGUACUACUGGGAAAGGCUGGGAUGGGUAAGACCACUCUGGCAUAUCAGCUCCGCUGGAGGUGGGCUCAAGGUCAGCUGGACCGCUUCCAGGCUCUGUUCCUGUUUGAGUUCCGCCAGCUCAACAUGAUCACACAGUUGCCGACCCUGCCCCAGCUCCUCUUUGAUCUGUACUUGAGGCCAGAGUCAGAGCCUGAUGCUGUUUUUCAGUACCUAGAGGAGAAUGCUCAUCAAGUCCUACUGAUCUUUGAUGGGUUAGAUGAGGCUCUCCAUGCUGAUUCUGUGGGUACUGACAAUGCAGGCUCGGCCCUCACCCUCUUUUCUGAACUCUGCCAUGGGAACCUCCUGCCAGGCUGCUGGGUGAUGACCACCUCUCGUCCUGGGAAACUGCCUUCCUGUGUGCCCAAAGAGGCAGUCAUGGUACACAUGUGGGGCUUUGAUGGGCUGCGAGUAGAGAAGUAUGUUACCCACUUCUUCAGCGAUCUUCUGUCUCAGGAAUUGGCCUUGAAAGAAAUGAGAACCAAUGCACGUCUCCGGGGUAUGUGUGCAAUACCUGCGUUGUGCACAGUCACCUGCUUCUGCCUUCGCCGUCUGCUUCCUGGGAGCUCCCUGGAGCAGUCUGCAGCCCUCCUGCCCACCAUAACCCAGUUGUACCUGCAGAUGGUGGAAACUUUUAGCCCCAGUGGGACUCUGCUUGACACAUCCAUUUUGGGCUUUGGAAAGGUGGCCCUUAGGGGACUGGACACUGGGAAAGUCAUCUUCUCUGUGGAAGACAUCUCUCCCCAACUGAUGGCUUUUGGAGCUGUCCACAGGCUCCUGACCUCCUUCUGUAUCCACACCCGCCCUGGGCAUGAAGAAAUAGGCUAUGCUUUUGUCCACCUUAGCCUGCAGGAGUUCUUUGCUGCUCUGUAUCUGAUGGCCAGUCACACAGUGAACAAAGACACACUCGUCGAGUAUGUCACCCUCAAUUCCCACUGGGUGCUGAGGACCAAAGGUAGACUGGGCCUCUCGGAUCAUCUCCCUGCCUUCCUGGCAGGCCUAGCCUCCCACACCUGCCACACGUUCCUCUGCCAACUGGCUCAGCAAGACGGAGCCUGGGUGGGCUCCAGGCAGGCCGCUGUGAUCCAGGUGCUAAGGAAGUUGGCGAGCCGGAAGCUCACAGGGCCAAAGAUGAUAGAGUUGUAUCACUGUGUGGCUGAGACGCAGGAUCUGGAGCUGGCAAGGUUCACUGCCCAAAGCCUUCCUUUCCACCUCUCCUUCCACAAUUUCCCUCUGACCCACGCAGACCUGGCUGCACUGGCUAACAUUUUGGAGCACAGGGAUGACCCCAUUCACCUGGAUUUUGACGGCUGCCCACUGGAGCCCCACUGCCCAGAGGCUCUGGUAGGAUGUGGGCAGGUGGAGAAUCUCAGCUUUAAAAGCAGAAAGUGUGGGGAUGCCUUUGCAGAAGCCCUCUGCAGGAGUUUGCCUACUAUGGGGAACCUGAACACGCUGGGGUUAACAGGAAGUAGGAUUACAGCCCAAGGCAUCAGCCACCUGAUACAGGCUUUGCCCCUCUGUUCCCAGCUGGAGGAGGUCAGUUUGCAUGACAACCAGCUCAAGGACCCCGAGGUGCUGAGUCUUGUGGAGCUGCUCCCCUCCCUGCCGAAGCUCCAGAAGCUUGACCUGAGCCGAAACAGCUUCUCCAGGUCAAUCCUCCUGUCUUUGGUGAAGGUGGCCAUCACAUGUCCUACUGUCAGGAAGCUGCAGGUCAGGGAAUCGGACCUCAUCUUCUAUCUGUCCCCGGUCACAGAGACAGCUACACAGCAAUCAGGAGCAUCAGAUGUACAGGGCAAAGACAGCCUGAAGGAAGGACAGAGUCGAAGCCUGCAACUCAGACUUCAGAAAUGUCAACUCAGGGUCCGUGAUGCAGAAGCCCUUGUGGAGCUAUUCCAGAAAGGCCCCCAGCUGGAGGAAGUGGAUCUUUCAGGGAACCAUUUGGAAGAUGAUGGCUGUCGACUUGUGGCAGAGGCUGCUUCACAGCUUCACAUUGCCCAGAAACUGGACCUCAGCGACAAUGGCCUCUCUCAGACUGGGGUGACCUAUGUGUUGGAAGCCAUGAGCACAUGUAGGACCCUGGAAGAGCUGCACAUCAGCCUGCUAAGCAACACCAUGGUACUCACAUUUGCCCAGGAGCCGAGGGAGCAGGAGGGGAGCUGCGAGGGGAGGGCACCACUUAUCAGCUUCGUGUCUCCUGUGACCUCCGAGUUGUCCCAGAGAUCUCGAAGGAUCAGGCUGACACACUGUGGCUUCCUGGCCAAGCACACAGAGAAGCUCUGUGAGGCACUGAGAGCCAGCUGCCAGACCUACAACCUGGAUCAUCUUGACCUAUCAGACAACUCUUUGGGGGACAAAGGAGUGAUCCUGCUAACCGAGCUGCUCCCAGGACUGGGUCCCCUGAAGUCCUUGAACCUCAGCAGGAAUGGCUUGUCCAUGGAUGCUGUGUUUAGCUUGGUCCUGUGUCUGUCUUCCCUGCCGUGGGUGUUCCACUUAGAUGUCAGCCUUGAGAGUGACUGCAUUUUCCUUCGAGGAGCUGGAACCAGCAGGGAUGCACAAGAACCAAAAUUCCAGGCUGGAGUCCAGGUACUGGAGCUGAGUCAGUGGUACACCUCCAGGAGCUUCUGCCUUCAAGAGUGUCAGUUGGAACCCACGAGCCUUGCCUUUCUCUGUGCCACUCUGGAGAAGAGCCCAGGGCCUCUGGAAGUCCAACUGUCCUGCAAGUCCCUGAGUGAUGACAGCCUGAAGAUCCUGCUGCAGUGCCUGCCCCAGCUGCCUCAGCUCAGCCUGCUGCAGCUGAGACAGACAGUCCUGUCUUCAAGAAGCCCCUUCCUGCUAGCUGACAUCUUCAACUUGUGCCCACGGGUUCGGAAGAUCACUCUCAGGUCCCUAUGCCAUGCUGUUCUGCACUUUGACUCCAAUGAGGAACAAGAGGGUGUGUGCUGUGGCUUCCCGGAAUGCAGCCUCAGCCAGGAGCAUAUGGAAACACUAUGCUGUGCACUGAGCAAAUGCAAUGCCCUCAGCCAGCUUGACCUCACAGACAAUCUGCUGGGUGACAGCGGGCUCAGGUGCCUUCUGGAGUGCCUGCCACAGCUGCCCAUCUCUGGGUGGCUUGACCUCAGUUGCAACAGUAUCUCUCAGGAAGGGAUCCUGUACCUGCUGGAGACUCUGCCUUCCUACCCUCAUAUCCAAGAGGUCUCUGUGAGUCUGAGCUCUGAGAAGAUCUUCCGAAUGCACUUCUCCAAAAAGGAAGGAGCCGGGACAUCGCUGAGGCUAUGUGAAUGCAGCUUCAGCUCAGAACAAGUAUCCAGAUUGGCUUCCAGCCUGAGCCAGGCCCAACAGUUAACAGAGCUCUGGCUGACCAAGUGUCUCUUGGACCUGCCACAGCUGACCGUGCUCCUGAACCUGGUGAAUCGGCCAACAGGGUUGCUGGGCCUCAGGUUGGAAGAGCCCUGGGUGAACUCUGUCAGCUUACCAGCUCUAAUGGAAGUCUGUGCCCAGGCCUCAGGAAGUCUCACUGAGUUAAGCUUCUCUGAGAGCCAAAGGCUCUCAGAGGCUCCGGCUCUGAGCUCCGGCUCUCUGUGGCUCCGGCUGGAAUUUCCUCACCAAGAAGGCAAUUCUGAUUCCAUGGCUCUCAGGUUGGCUCACUGUGACCUGGGGACCGAGCACAACCAUCUUAUGAGACAGUUGGUGGAGACAUGUGCCAGACUGCAGCAGCUGAGUUUGUCUCAGGUUAGCUUCAAUGACAAUGAUGGCACCAGCUCCAAGCUGCUGCAGAACAUCCUGCUAUCAAGCUGUGAGCUGAAGAGCUUCAGGCUGACCUCCAGCCAAGUGAGCACAAAGACCCUCACCCAUCUGGCAUUUGGUCUGGGACACUGCCACCAUCUGGAAGAGUUGGACUUGAGUUACAACCAGAUUGGAGACGUGGGUACCCAGUGCUUAGCUGCCAUCUUGCCAAAACUGCCAGAACUCAGGAAAUUUGACCUCUCGGGGAACGCGAUUGGCCCAGCUGGGGGAGUGCAGCUGGUGAAGUCUCUCACCCAUUUCGAGCACUUGGAGGAGAUCAAACUGGGCAACAAUGAUCUGGGGGAGCCCACAGCCCUGGAGCUGGCUCAGAGAUUGCCCCCACAACUCAGGGUCCUGUGCCUGCCAUUCAGUCAUCUGGGUCCAGAGGGGGCCCUGAGCCUGGCCCAGGCCCUGGAGCAAUGCCCACACAUAGAAGAGGUCAGCUUCGCAGAGAAUAACCUGGCUGGAGGUGUCCCACGUUUCUCCAAGAGGCUCCCACUGCUUAGACAAAUUGACCUGGAGUUAUGCAAGAUUGAAGACCAAGCUGCCAGGCACCUUGCUGCCAACCUCACACUCUGCCCAGCCCUGGAGAAACUCUUGCUGUCCUGGAAUCGCCUUGGAGAUGAGGUGGCUGCUGAGUUGGCCCAGGUCCUGCCGCAGAUGGGACAGCUGAAGAAAGUGGACUUGGAGUGGAACCGGAUCACAGCACGUGGAGCCCAACUCCUGGCUCAAGGGCUGGUCCAGGGAUCCUGCGUCCCAGUCAUUCGCCUCUGGAACAACCCCAUUCCUAACGAUGUGGCCCAGAGUCUGCAGAGCCAGGAACCCAGGCUGGACAUCUUCAUCAUUGAUCAGCAGACUCUUUGAGGAACCCAACGGACUUCUCAAGACUUAUGAGUCCAGUCCAGUGACAGCCACAUCACCCACCAGGAGAGGGGACUCAGAAGAACCUCAAUUGGUGCCCAGCAUCCUACGAAUGCCCCAGGAGGAAAGAACACAUUUUUCCUGUCACAGUCCCUAGGGAGCGCAUUCUUAGGGACUGAGAGCUUUGUUUGACCAAAAGAGGGCCAUAUAUCAUAUAUCAUACAUGACAUGUGUUACCAAUGGGACAUUGACAUUAUGAGGGUAUUAUGAGGUCAUAUAUACAGGAAAGGCUGUGUAUGGUGCACUAUGACCUCUUGACAUGGGAAGGUCAUACUCAGAGUAGGUCAAAUGUAGAAUUACAUGGAACUUGUGGCAUGACACCUGGUCAUAGCCUCUUAGCACUGUAAUUCGAAAUACACAUGAUCAGAAUCCACUUAUGACAUGAUGUCCAUAUCACAUGACACACAGCUUGACAGGGGACCACAGAUAAGUCCAAGACCUAAUUUAUUAUUAUUUUUAAAAACAUGAAGUUAGGCUAAUGGUAUAGGCUAUGGUAUAUGAACAGCCUUUUAGCUAGCUGUUCAGGAAUCUGAGGCAGACAGAUUGCAAGUUCAAGGCCAAUCAAGGUAAUUUAGUAAGAUCCUGUCUCAAAAGGUCAGAAAGGGCUGGGGAUAUGGCUCAGUGCUAGAGUGCUUCCUAGCAUGUGUAAAGCCCUAAGCUCAAUGCUCGGUGCCUUUUUUCUUUAAAAAAAAAAAAAAAGUAUUUAUAAGCACCUUCUGGAGAAACUUUUUGUCUUGUGCUAGGAGAGGGAGUUAAGUAUUGAGUGGCCCAAUGGUCCCGGGUCUGGGACAUGCCAGGGCUUAGCAUGAAGUCCCCUCCUGCCUGAGCCUCAAGUCUCUCUUCUGUUAAUCGUGUUCUUCCAAGGACUUCCAGCCUAGGCUUAGGAGUUAACCUGAGCUUGGGAGAGUUCACACUCAUCUCUUCUUUCCUGGUUUAAGGGACAAAGCCAAGCUACAGGUUUAGGGAUAAGUACUUCCAGGAUAGUAGGCAAGGCCACGAGGUCUAGCCUACCCACUACCUCAGCAGGAUUCAGAGACCACUUGAAACUCCAUGGUAUUUUGCUUUGUUUUGUAAUUUCCAAAGGCUAACCUCACAACACUCCAUAUCAAAUGAUCAAUAAACGCAGAUGUAACUGGUGUCUGAUGUA